AUGCCGACCCUGGACGAGGGCGGCCUGGCGGUUCGGCAGUUGGGAGGCGACCCCAACCGCGGGCUCCAGAUCCCCGGUGCCGCUCUGGACCGCCAGCAACGCACCAGCGAAGGUCCCGGGGAGCCCGGACUUGGAGGUCCGGCUCCCGCCGGGAAAGGGAAGGAGAAGGUGCCGGUGCCGGAGCACCGGUACAAGGACAAUAAGGGUGCUGCGCCGGCCCAAAGGGACGACAAGGCCCAGGGGGCGGCGCCCGCACAGACCAGCCAAGCCGAAGGGAGCAAGCCCCAAUUUUUAGAGGCACCAAUCGGGGGAUCCGGCCCCCAGCCUGCGCUGGAAUCCUCGGCGUCGGCCCCAGCAGGGCCCCCGCCUUGGACCACCCCAGAAACCUCGGGACCUAGGGGUCUUGAGCCGGAGGCUUCCGUACCGCCACGACCCGAUGCCGCCCCCCAGGAAGAGGACGCUAGGCCCGCUGCGGCGACCGAGGCGCCUGCAGUCGCGUCGGGCGCCGAGGCCGGGCCCUCUCCAGCUGAGCCAGCAGCAGAGGGGGCUGCUCCUGCGGCAGAGACCGCAGCGCUGGAGACAGCGGAGGCGGCGGAGACAGCGGCACCGGAGGCCGCUGAGGUUACCAGCGCCGCUGCCCCACCAGCGGAGGAGGAGGAACCGGAGGUGGUGCUGGGAAGGCCCCUCCUCCCGAGCGCAGCAGAGAUCCCCCUCCCCCGGCUCCUGGCCAAAUGCCAGCAGGCUCAAGAGGAGCUGGAGGCUGGCAUUCGUCGAGAGUGGGAGAAGCUGGAUGCGGAGUACUUCCGGCUCUCUGACUGGGAGCGCCGCCUGGGGGACCGCAUCAAGUCCGUCACCGCCCGGCACGCUGAAGAGCGGGCCAAGCUCGCGCUGGAGCGCGAGCUCCUGCAAGAGAAGCUGCAGAAGGCCCGCGACCGGGAGGUGGCAGCGUUCCAGCGGGAGAAGGCGGCCUUACCUGAAAUCGACGAUCUAAAGGCGGGAAGCGGUAGCCCUUGA